AUGGGACCUCAUACCAACAAUCGGAUGGGGCAGUCUCGGCCACCUAAUGGAGAAAACUUGACAAUGGCGCCUGUUACCUCGCAUACCUCUUCGAUCGAGAUGGGCCCCCUUGUUGACAAUGACACGGACCAUUUUCACCCAUCCAAGUCAGAGAAUAUGGACUGGGUGAGGGAGUUGGGAUUGGAAGAUGAAGUUGAGCCACAGGCGACACAACAGGGAGCUCAAGAGCAGGGGCAACUUAUGUCAUCCACCGACUUUGAUCGAGCGUGUACCGCGGAUACCAAAGCGUCUGUUGAGGAUAAUCAAGUUCGAAACGACAACAACUCGGCUGAGGGAUCCGGCAUGAAAUUUGACCAAGCCCAAUGGCAAGAGCUGGAUGAACGCAACAUAUGUAUUCAAAAAGCGAUUGGAGGUCUCCAUUUGCACUCGACCACCCACUACCAAUCUCUGCUCAAACAACUACAAGACAACAGAAGGUAUUUCGAAGUCCUGUUCAAAGACCUGAAAAAACAGAUGGAGGAGUCUCCCAAUCAAGGAAAAUCGUCUGCUGCAGUGGCAGUAGAGUGUGAACUAGUGCAGGAAAAAGAACGCCGCCGAAAGAUGGAAUUGAACUGUCAAAAACAGGUGCAGGAAAUAAUCGAAUUAAAGUUGGAGGUUCAGAGGUUGUUACGAGUUUGCCAGCAGUUGAAUGAACGAAUUUCCAAGUUGGUACAGCAACCUCAAGUCCAAGGAGCGCCAGUCCAGCAGUUCCAAGCUCAGCAACUCCAAGCUCAAGGAAUCCGAGCUCAGCAACUCCAACAAGCUCAGAAACGCCGAGUCCAGCAACUCCAUGCUCAGCAACUCCAAGCUCAGCAAUUUCAUAUGCAAGCUCAGCAACUCCAAGCCCAGCAAUUCCAAGCCCAUCAGCCCCAAGUCCUGCAACCCCAAGUCCUGCACCCCCCAAUGGAGUCGCCCCAGCAAUGUUAUAAACACUUGAUGAACUUCUGCCAGUCGGUACCCUUUCCCCCCGAACUAAACGGAAUAGGGAACAGCUUUGAACAGCACUCAGGGCUCAAAGAGCAUCAACAAGGGCCGACAUCAGUUCCCACCUCUGCGGACUUCCAGUUCGGAUUCUCGACUAACGGAGUUUUCGAGGGAUCUAAGAGAAUGGGAAGGUCCGAAAACCAGAAAAGAGGACGUCAAGACUUUAAUGCCGCCCAACAAGAAGGGAAACAGGAGAGAAGAAUUCGGAAAAGCUCCAGUAACGGUAGAUUUUAAGCUACCCUGAAGAAUAAGGGGGAAACCAGGGCAGCAAAGAUGGCAGGUAGUAGUCGCUAACACUCCUUCACGGGAAUACUAGCACUCUCAAAACGAUACUUUUGCUGCAGGGAGGCGGAGAUGAACGGCAAAACGCAUGUGUUCGGUGUUGGGAAAAUCUUGAUAUCAUCAGCGAAGGGAAAAAGGAAAAUCACAGCUCUGCACUUUCGAAGAAGUGAUUAUAUGGUUAGUUGAUUAAGGAAGAAAGCGAAUGAUUCAUGAAAUCGGUG